UGAUAGAGAAAAAAUCACAGUUGACAUGUAAACAUGUUUUAGCAGCUCGAAUUGCUAUGAUUUUAGAUCGAAUAGUAGAUCACAAAGUUACCCAGGAUCAGUACUUGAUGUUGUUAAGAUCUAUGUUUGAAGAGCAAAAUGGAUGAUGGUACUUCUCAAUAUUAUUUCACAGCUUCAAUGGAUUCAGGAAAAACACUGUGCAGCUUGAUAAAAGCUAUACAGUUUCAAGAAUCUGCUGUAUUUUGUGCAAUGCAAGAGGGUUUAAAGCUGACAGUGGAAGAAGGAAAAUGUGUUCAGGCAUCAGCUUAUAUUCCUGCUGAUAACUUUAAUGAGUACCAUGUUCGAGAUGAUGUUGAUGUUAUGUUUAAGAUAAGUAUAGCAGUCUUGACAGAAUGCCUUAACAUAUUUGGCUCAGGAGAAGAGUCAAGUUUGAAAAUGUAUUAUAGAUGUGAAGGUUCCCCCUUACUUUUAGUACUUCAACCCCAAUCAUUCAGCAAUGUAAUGACAGACUGCGAAAUAUCGACACAAACAGCAGAUUCAGUUCUGGAACUUAAAGACGAAGAUGCAGAGGAAGUGGCCAAACUGGUUUUGAAAGCGCCAGCCUUUCUCAGUCUUUUAGCGGAUCUGGAAAAGACUUGUGAUAUCAUUGAGAUUAAUCUCUCACCUGAACAUCCUAACGUCAGUAUUGUUACAUAUGGAAUGCAGGAUAGAUCAUGUAUAGACAUGCCAAAGUCUUCAGACAUGGUCCAAAGCUUUAACUGUGAAAAGGCAGUCACGCUUAAGUAUCAGCUCCAACAUAUAAGACUUAUUAUGAAGGCACUUGCUGUUUCCUCAAAGGUAGUUCUGCGAUGCAGUUCCAACGGCCUCCUUCUUUUGCAGUUGAAGCUGGAAAAAGAAGAUCAAAGACAGAUGUUUUCUGAGUUUUAUAUAGUUCCCUUACUGGAUGAUUAAAUUAAUUGUUAU